CCAUCUCCAAUCCUCCAGUUCCCUUUUUCAAAAUCGUCCCAAAAAAGAAUUUCAGUUGCGUCUUCACCUGUCUCUAUAGACACGAAAAGCACCCUCUUCUUUCGUCUCCGUCUUCUAGAUCUCACCUUCAUCUUCACUCCACUCUCUCACAAUGGCCGCUACACUUCCUCCCAAGUCGACCGGCUCGACCAAGCUCGAUGCUGCUAUCCAAACGGUCAAGGCCAAUGAGCCCAACAAGCUCUCUGGCUUCGGUCUCUACGGCAGAUUCGCCUUCGCUGGUGCUGUCUGCUGCGCCGUCACCCACGGUGCCCUCACUCCCGUCGAUGUCGUCAAGACCAGAAUCCAGCUCGACCCCGUAACAUACAACAGUGGCAUGAUUGGAGGUUUCAGAAAAGUUGUUGCCAAUGAAGGCGCAGGCGCUCUUCUGACUGGUAUUGGACCUACCUUUGCUGGUUACUUCCUGCAAGGUGCCUUCAAAUUCGGAGGUUACGAAUUCUUCAAGCAACAGGCUAUCAACCAACUGGGCUACGAGACCGCCUCCAACAACCGAACCGCCGUCUACCUCGCCUCCUCAGCUCUCGCUGAGUUCUUCGCCGACAUUGCCCUCUGCCCUCUCGAGGCUACCCGUAUCCGUCUCGUGUCCGAACCCACCUUUGCCUCCGGUCUCGUUUCUGGUUUCAGCAAGAUCGCUAGCCAGGAGGGCCUUGGUGCAUUCUACAACGGUUUCGGUCCUAUCUUGUUCAAGCAGGUUCCUUACACCAUGUCCAAGUUCGUGGUCUACGAAAAGGUCGCCGAAGCCAUCUACCAGCGAGUCGACAAGGCCACCGCUUCUGAUGGUACCAAGACCCUGAUCAACUUGGGCUCUGGUCUCAUUGCCGGUUUCGCUGCUGCUCUCGUCUCCCAACCUGCCGACACCAUGUUGUCCAAGAUCAACAAGACCAAGGGGCUUCCUGGUGAGAGCACCACCAGCCGACUGUUCAAGAUCGGCAAAGAGCUUGGUCUCCGUGGCAGCUAUGCUGGUAUUGGUGCUCGUCUUUUCAUGGUUGGUACUUUGACCGCCGGUCAAUUCGCUAUCUACGGUGACAUCAAGCGUGUCCUCGGAGCCACCGGUGGUGUUGAGAUUGCCAAAUAA